CCCGUCCAGAAGUUGCUCCUCCUACCAAGCAGCGUCGUGUUGAUGUCGCCCAUCCUCUUUGCCGUUUGAUAAAAUAAAUUGUAAACUUUUUGGUCCAAAAGAGCUGCUUCUAACAUGGCUUACACCACAGCAGGUGGGACCAAGAAGAAGGUCUGCUACUACUACGACGGUGACAUAGGAAAUUAUUACUAUGGACAAGGUCAUCCCAUGAAGCCGCACCGCAUCCGGAUGACCCACAACCUUCUUCUGAACUACGGGCUGUACAGAAAGAUGGAGGUCUAUCGACCACACAAAGCCACUGCAGACGAGAUGACCAAGUACCACAGUGACGACUACAUCAAGUUCCUCAAAUCCAUCCGGCCGGACAACAUGUCUGAGUUCAGCAAGCAGAUGCAGCGAUUCAAUGUUGGGGAGGACUGCCCUGUGUUUGACGGCUUGUUUGAGUUCUGCCAGCUGUCUGCAGGGGGCUCUGCUGCUGGCUCGGUGAAGUUGAACCGGCAGCAGACGGACAUUGCAGUGAACUGGGCCGGAGGACUGCACCACGCCAAGAAGUCUGAAGCUUCAGGCUUCUGCUACGUCAAUGACAUUGUGUUGGCCAUCUUGGAGCUGCUCAAGUACCACCAGAGGGUGCUCUAUAUUGAUAUUGACAUCCAUCAUGGCGAUGGAGUAGAGGAGGCAUUCUACACCACAGACAGAGUCAUGACCGUGUCCUUUCAUAAAUACGGGGAGUACUUCCCUGGAACCGGAGACCUCAGGGACAUCGGAGCUGGAAAAGGCAAAUAUUACGCUGUCAACUUCCCACUGAGGGACGGCAUCGACGACGAGUCCUACGGGCAAAUCUUCAAACCUGUGAUGGCCAAGGUGAUGGAGAUGUACCAGCCCAGCGCCGUGGUGCUCCAGUGCGGCGCUGACUCUCUGUCUGGAGACCGCCUCGGCUGCUUCAACCUCACCAUCCGAGGUCACGCCAAGUGUGUGGAGUACAUUAAGUCGUUUAAUCUCCCACUGCUGAUGUUGGGUGGAGGGGGAUACACGAUCCGGAAUGUGGCUCGCUGCUGGACCUAUGAGACGGCCGUCGCUCUGGAUACAGACAUCCCUGAUGAACUUCCAUACAAUGACUAUUUUGAGUACUUUGGACCUGACUUCAAGCUGCACAUCAGCCCCUCCAACAUGACAAACCAGAACACAAUGGAGUACAUGGACAAGAUCAAACAGCGGCUGUUUGAGAACCUGCGGAUGCUGCCUCACGCCCCUGGGGUCCAGAUGCAGGCCAUCCCAGAGGACGCUGUCCCAGAGGACACGGUGGACGAGGACACUGAGGACCCUGACAAACGCUUGUCCAUUCGUGCCACAGAUAAGAGGAUAGCCUGUGAUGAAGAGUUCUCUGACUCUGAGGAUGAGGGGCAGGGCGGCAGGAGGAACACAGCCAAUCACAAGAAGAGCGCCAAAAGACCAAAAGUGGAUGAUGAGGAGAAGGAGAGAGAGGAGAAGAAAGCAGAUGUGAAAGAAGAGGAUAAGACAAAAGAUAGCGGCUCAGAAAAGGCUGAAUCCAAAGGAACGAUGAAGACCGAGCAGACCAGCAGCACCUGAAGUCUCCAGGUACUACUGGACCUGGACUCCAUCUUAACCAUGUUUGACCCAACCAGUACUGUCCGUUGUCAUGGAUCUGUCUAUUUGCUGAGAUGUUUUCUAGAGCGUUAUAUUUAUUGUGAAUCUCAUGUUUUUUGAUACGUAAAUCUCAGCAUUCUCCGUUUUAUUUUUGCCAGAAAUCCUUUCAUGUAUAUUUUAGUCUGUCUUCUGUUACCUCAUGUUUUAGAUGGAAGUAUGUAAAACUGUAUACUUAUAUACUGCAUAGUGUUCCAGGGCGGAAUCUGAGAAUGAACAUUUCCUGCUUUUGAUUGAAAUUUUCAUAUUUUAAAUUUGUCAAUAAAACGUUUUAUACUGUU